AUGUCUUCUGAAGCAGCUGAAAACGUCCUCGUCCUCGUCCGUCACGGUGAAUCCGAAUGGAACAAAUUGAACUUGUUCACUGGCUGGAAGGACCCUGCCUUGUCCGAAACUGGUCAAAAGGAAGCCAAGCUCGGUGGUGAACGCUUGAAGAGCCGUGGAUUCAAGUUCGACGUUGCUUUCACUUCUUCUCUCCAACGUGCCCAAAAGACCUGUGAAAUUGUCCUCAACGAAGUUGGUCAAUCCAACUUGGAAACCAUCAAGGACGAAAAGCUCAACGAGCGUUUCUACGGUGACCUCCAAGGUUUGAACAAGGACGAAGCCCGUCAAAAAUGGGGUGAUGAGCAAGUUCUCAUCUGGCGCCGUUCUUACGACGUCGCUCCCCCUAACGGUGAAUCUUUGAAGAACACCGCUGAGCGUGUCUUGCCUUACUACAAGUCUACUGUCUUGCCUCAUGUCACCAAGGGUGAAAAGGUUUUCAUUGCCGCCCACGGUAACUCUCUCCGUGCUUUGAUUAUGGAUUUGGAGGGUCUUUCCGGUGACGAAAUCGUCAAGCGUGAACUUGCUACCGGUGUCCCCAUUGUCUACCGCUUGGACAAGAACGGCAAGUACAUCUCUAAGGAAUUGAUUGACAACUAA